AUGGAGCCUGGCCACGAAGGCGUUUUCAAGUGUCCGGAGGAUCAGCUGCCCCUGGAUUACGCCAAGAUUUACCCGGACCCCGAACUGGAGGCCCAGGUGUUGGGCCUGAGCAUCAGGUGCAUCCACAGUGAGGAGGGCUGUCGCUGGACUGGGACCAUCCGUCAUUUGCAGGCCCACCUGGGCACCUGCAGCUUCAACGUGGUGCCCUGCCCCAACCGCUGUGGGGCCAAGCUGAGCCGCCGCGACCUGCCCCCCCACCUGCAGCACGACUGUCCCCAGAGGCACCUCCAGUGCGAAUUCUGCCGAGCCGACUUCACGGGGGAAGCCUUUGAGAACCACCAGGGGGUCUGCCCCCAGGAGAGCGUCUACUGCGAGAACAAGUGUGGGGCGCGCAUGAUGCGCCGGCUGCUGUCGCAGCACAUGCUGGCCGAGUGUCCGAAGCGCACCCAGCCCUGCAGCUACUGCGCCAAGGAGUUCCUCUACGACACCAUCCAGAACCACGAGUACCAGUGCCCCCGCUACCCUGUGCCCUGUCCGAAUCAGUGCGGGGCCCCCAACAUCGCCCGGGAGGACCUGAGCGGGCACCUGAAGGACAGCUGCUCCACCGCCCUGGCUCUCUGCCCCUUCAAGGAGGCCGGCUGCAAACACCGG